CAGGGACGCGAUGAUGAUGCAGUGAGUCGCUCGCGCUGCACAAACUCUCGCGCUGGAUUCCUCAUAACACUCAGGAGUAUCUAGGAAGACGUUUUCUGAACGAUGGAGAACUCGACUGUCAGCAGCCGGUUGAGGACUGUGCUCUUCAGCCACGUGGAUGAUGAGAUGGCAGAGUGCACAGUAGCCCCAGUAGCGAUGGAGGACAGUGACCGCGAGACCGACUCGGCAUCAGAUGAGCGAGACUCUAUGCCGGCGUCACCUGAGCCCAGGAUGCAUGAAGUGGAAAAGCACUUCCCUAAGGAAGACUCGGAGGACUCGGAGCUGGAGCACAUCAUGGGACAUCACCCGUUCGCCCACCAUAGUGAGGGUGAGGCUCACACCCCGGGGACGCCCACCUUCCCGAGGCCCGCGGCGGCACCCAGGGGCCCCGGAGAGCUGGAGCACGAGUCCAGACACGGGGCUCAGCGGGGCCACGUCGACUUUAACCUGCUGUCUCCCAUCAGCCCAUCCAGGCCUAAAAGCCCCUGGGGUCGCUAUGACCCCUAUGACGCUACUGAGGACCAAGACAAGGAGUAUGUGGGAUUUGCUACUUUGCCAAAUCAGGUUCACCGCAAAUCUGUGAAGAAGGGCUUCGACUUCACUUUAAUGGUGGCAGGAGAGUCGGGUUUAGGAAAGUCCACCCUGGUCAACAGUCUGUUCCUCACAGAUCUCUACAAGGACCGGAAGCUGCUGAACGCUGAAGAGAGGAUCACUCAGACGGUGGAGAUCACCAAACACACAGUGGACAUCGAGGAGAAGGGCGUCAAACUCAAGCUCACUAUCGUGGACACACCAGGGUUCGGAGAUGCUGUCAAUAACACUGAAUGCUGGAAGUCAGUGGCAGACUACAUAGACCAACAGUUUGAGCAGUACUUCAGAGAUGAGAGCGGACUGAACCGCAAGAACAUUCAGGAUAACCGAGUGCACUGCUGUCUCUACUUCAUUUCACCCUUCGGUCACGGUUUAAGGCCUCUGGACGUGGAGUUUAUGAAGGCUCUCCAUGAGAAGGUCAACAUCGUUCCUGUACUAGCUAAAGCUGACACACUCACACCACUGGAGGUCAAGAAAAAGAAAAUCAAGAUUCGAGAGGAGAUCGAACAGUACGGGAUAAAGAUCUACCAGUUUCCAGACUGUGAUUCAGAUGAGGAUGAGGACUUCAAACAGCAAGACCAAGAGCUCAAGGACAGCAUUCCCUUCGCUGUGAUCGGCAGUAACACAGUAGUGGAAGCCAAAGGCAAGAGGGUUCGAGGACGUCUGUACCCCUGGGGAAUCGUUGAAGUGGAGAACCCAGCACACUGUGACUUUGUGAAGUUGAGGAACAUGUUGGUACGAACACACAUGCAGGAUCUGAAGGAUGUGACCCGGGAAACCCACUACGAGAACUACAGAGCCCAUUGCAUCCAGAGCAUGACCCGCAUGGUGGUGAAGGAACGCAACCGCAACAAACUGACCAGGGAGAGCGGCACCGACUUCCCCAUUCCCAUGGUGCCCGGUGUCGCGGACGAGACGGAGAAGCUCAUCCGAGAGAAAGACGAGGAGUUGAGACGAAUGCAGGAGAUGCUGCAGAAGAUCCAGGAGCAGAUGCACACGCAGAAAGAGACGUAUUAACAGCGGUUUCACCCGGCGGAGUCUUCACUUCUCACUAACACUUCUGGGUCUCAUUUCCAAAAUAAAAAUAAUAAUAAUAAUAAUAGAUUCUUUGAGUUUGAGGUGAAAUUUCACCCAGACCUGUUGGUAUGAGUAAAGGUUCAAAAGGUUUCCAUUGUGACUGACACUAAACUUGACUCAAUGUAACCGUGUGCACUCGGGUUCAUCUAAUAUGUGUCUCUACCCCAAGAUUGUUUUAUAGUUGCUUGAUAUCAUAUUUAAUUUCUUUUUUUCUACAAUGUGUAACUUUAUUUUGUACAAUGUUCAUUAAUUACAUCGUUGUAAUGUAUGUCUUUUGGUUUUGUUUGUAUUUCUAUAAAAACAAAAACUGCAAAAUGGCUUCUUUUAGAAAGUUUCUAAAUGGAACAAA